AUGCGAAGGUUGAGUUGUAUCCCCGAAGUGGUGGGACAUGUACGUUUCCGCAUAUCUUGGCCAUGUUUUUUCAGCAUCGCCUCGACUUCCAUCCCGAUAUAAUGGUAGAGAGCGAACGGCGGGCCUCCCAACAAGAGAUCGACAGCGCGUUGCACUUCUUGGAACGGCGUCAGAGCAGUGGAUCCAAUGGAGGUGAGCCUUAAUGAUUCUCAUUUGCCAGUCAAACCUUGAUUCAAGUGUUUUCGGACCACUUUUUAAGCCGUUUCAAGCCGUUUUCAAGCCACUUCUUUUCAGUUAUUGGCAAUAUUCAGCCGGAUUUGUAUCGAAAACGAGGAUCAUUAGUGAAAAUCUCAUCUUCAAAGGAUAAUAUUUGUGUGGGAAGUGUCCAGUUACAGUUGAGUUAUACAUUCUCGAGGUCUGAUUUUGUGAUUGUUCUCUUGGAAAGUAAGUAAUUGACGUGGACACACAAGAGCUAGACGGAACAAGUUUAUUUUUUCGAAUUCGAAGAAAAACAAUUACAAUAAAGGACUACUACUAAGACUGUUUAUAGCUUCGAUUUUGAUAAAUUUGGAAGAAUGUCAACUCAUUUUCUCUUUGGGAUCAAAUAAUCGAAGGGAAUCAGCUAAAAUAAUACCCGGCUCCUCGAUCCCCGUCCAGACCUUCAAGGUACCCCUGUCCUAUCAAGAACUCAUGGACAAGACAUUGACAGUCCAGUUAUUUGACACCUCCUCCAAGUGUCUUCGGCUUGUCGGGAAGGCCUCCACUUUGUUAUCCAAAUUGAAUCCAUCAGAUGAGAUGUUGGUUUUGAUUGAAUUGGAUCCAGUUGAGGCUCCCAUUAAUGUGGGGGAGUUGCAAUUAUGGCUUCAAUACCUGACUUCUGCUCAACGAUUUACAGUAAACAUUCAACAAAGUAAUCAAAACAUCAAAUCAGCUCCAGGUAAUUAAUCAAAAAUUAAUUCGAGUGGCGUAAAAAGUAGAAUUUUCUGUUUAAACUAAUAUUUUUUAUCUCAAAUCCCUUGUCAAAUAGGCCAUCAGGUAUGUGGCAUUCAAAGAUUGUCUUCCGGACAUGCAGUCGACCUUACAAAGUCACUCUCACUUACUGUAACACGAUCUCUAAACUCUUAUUUUGAGUGUUUUAAUUAAUUGGGGGAUUACAGGGACCUCCGUUUACUUCAAAGCGACAUUAAUUAUGAACGACAAGGUCCUCAAGAAGAAGAAAACGGGCGUAAAGAAGAUUGCAGACAAGAAUAAUAUAUGGAAUGAGGCUCUGAUGUUCUCCAUCGACCACAAUAGCAUCCUGAAGUAAGACUUUUCAACUUUUUGCACUUUAAUUAAAUGGAUUACUGUAGCGCUUGCAAAGGAGAAAAAAAAAUUAUAUUUUUAGAUGUGACCUAGAGAUUGCGUUGAUUGAAAUCGACAGAAAUCAGAAGGAAAAGACUUUAGGAAAGAUUCUCUUUGUCAAGAAUAACAGCCCUGAGGGCAGAUUGUGGAAAGAAGUGCUUGAGGGGAGAUCUCCCCCGCCCCAAUGGUUCAAUUUGAGGGAUUUCUGA